AUGUACUUCCUUUCUUCUUCGCCGCCGCCGCAACCAAGCCCGUUCAUUGCCUCGACGUCUCAACAGUCCCACCGUCCCAGUUUCUCACAGUCUCACAAUCACGACAAUAGCUACGGACGGGCUCACGCCAAAGCGUAUUACGCGCCGCAUUCGCCCUCGCCGCUGCGGACGACGAGGAAUGCGAAUUUGAUGCCUUCCCCACCACAGCUCAAGUACGACUAUCCUCAUAGCCUGCUGAGCUCGUCGCCUUUGAGGGGUGGGUUCUCAGAGCAUCAAGAUGAGAACAGGAUGGAGAGCGAAACUGAGGAAGAAAAUGAGAUCUCAGCAGCAGACAUAGGAUUUCACCCGAACGUACAGGAGACGCCCACAGGGAAGAUGCACGUUGGAACAUACGGACGUGGCGGGCACUCAUCGUUGUUCACGCCACCUGAUUCAGGCUCGAACCACAACGUCAACAACUCAAAGAUCUUGUCGCACGAACGAUCGACAUUCAGACUCUCUCGAUCAAUCCCAGCUUCCAUUGGACCUCCACAACCAACCCUCUCUACGAUUUCUGGUCAUCAGAAUCAAUCGCAAUGGGAACUGCGCUCGCGCUCCUCGAGUCCGACAUCGCUGCUAACCAACCAAACCAACAGAAAUCGGGAGCAAAGGAAGUCAAGAUUCUUAGAUCGCAUUCGACGAAGACGGGACGAUGACAGAUCCGAACAAGUCGGGGAGCAGGUACUAAGAAUGGAUUUUGUCAAAGAGAGGAGGCAUUGGGAGAGGGAAAUGGCACGCAGGGCUGCAAUGGAGGCUGCACAGCAGGAAGAAAUGGAGAGCGAGGAUGACGAUGAUGACGACGACAGAGGAGAGGAAGAGCUGAGCCCGACACAAGAAUACGAGGAAGAUAUCGAGGUGGAUGAGCUGGUGCGGGAAUAUGAGCGAGAGCAUCUCCAGGCUAGGAGAAAUGAUGAAUUCCUGAUCGACGAGGACGAGGACGAGGAGUAUGAGCGGCUAUUCCGAGAGAUGGAGAUCCUUUCGCAGCACUCGCAACCUCAGUCGCAGAACCAACCUGCGUCUCAACCGCGACCAGAAAGGUACAACUUCGCCCAUACUCCACUCAGUACACGCACCAAGCCGACCUCUUUUUCGCAGCAGCCUCAGCAACAUGGGGGCACAAUUACUGAUGAAACGAUGGAUUUAUCCUGA